GUUUGUAAUUAGGUCUGCGCUCGCGUACACACCGCACACCGGUGCUGCUGCUGCUGCCAAUACCGUCCGUCACCGCGUGAGGAUAGACGGUGCCAUUGAUACAUUGGAGCACUCAAGCGACAAAUUGAUUGAAAAGUGACAUAAAUAUCAAUGGAAACUUAAACCUUAAGAUUAGAAGCACUGAAGAUAUCUACAGGAGCAGUAAUAUAGUGAGGCCACCCGGCAAUAAAUAGUGCAUUAAACUACUUACAUCGUUGCUCAAAAGAAUUCUGCCACUAAGAUGCUUCCCAGGGCCGCUAAAUGGGCGCUUACGGCGACACUUUGUGCCCUCCUUGCCGUUGCAAGCGAAGCCAAAAUUUUCAACAAAUGCGAUCUUGCAAAGGAACUGGGCAAAAACGGCAUUUCACGCACAUUCUACGGCACCUGGAUAUGUCUAGCUAACGCGGAAAGCGGCAUGGAUACGGCCAAAGUGACUAGGUUGCCCAAUCUGACCGCCAGCUAUGGGAUAUUUCAAAUCAACAGCAAAGAAUGGUGUCGCGAAGGCCGUAAAGGCGGCAAGUGCAAUAUGAAGUGCGAAGAUUUCCUGGAUGAUAACAUCGCCGAUGAUAUCGAUUGUUCGAAGAAAAUUCAAAUGCAAUAUGGGUUCAAUGCUUGGAGCCUGUGGCAAAAGAAGUGCAAGGGCAAGGACCUUCCCAACAUUUCCAAGUGUAACGUUUAGGCUCAUUGUCACUUCGAUGGCUGUGUGGAUAAAGUUGCUUUUAAGAUAUAUUGAAUCAUGUGAUACGAAUCAAUUCCUUUUUUGAGUAAACAUUGCAGUUUAAAUU